AUGUCGCAUUCAUCCAAAGAAUGGAUUAAGCAACGAAUGACUCUACUCAAACGACAGACUGGAUUUUCAUUUAGUCAUGACUUGUUUAUAUCUGUAUUACUGUGCCUAAUGUCCGGCAGAGACAAGCAUGCAAUCCUAACAACACCUUCUCAUCGUCUACCUGAAGUCGCACACAUGGCAACACAGAUCUGUCGUUGUCUGUUUGGAUUCACUACUGCAAACAUCACUUGUCAUGCCAAUCAAUCCUCGGCUGAUCUCAUCCAAGCUCUGUUUCAAUCUACUCAAGAUGAAGAACAUUUUCAUCCAAAGGCACCAAGUACGUCUCGUGACCCACAAAAGCAUCACAAGACAUCUGAAGAAGACCUGGAUACACCAAUUCACCCUAUUAGUCCAGUAGAUUUUACAUUGUCAAUGAAACGAGAACGGAUGGCAAAAAGACAACAGAUGGGAUCUAGAGGGGAUCGAUGGGAAGCUGAGGAACCUAAACGGCCUCAGAUAAAUCGAUUACCGCAGUGUAUGAUUGUUCAGUCUUUAGAUCAAGCCAAUCCAAUCAUUCAAGCUGCUCUCUUGGAGUUGGUAGUGACCAAGGAACUCAACUUGGCCAAUACUCGCUACAAUCUUCCUAGACCAUUCUUUCUAUUGAUUGUCUUGCCUCAAGACUACAACCAUAGCUUAAUAUCAGCUCAAUUGUUGGAUCGUAUUUUUGUUAGUUAUACAAUUGGUGAAUCAACCCAAACACUUCCAAGCUCUGGUCGAUUCCACUUGGGCAGACGAGCAGCACUUGUAAAAUCGGAAGAAAUAAAACAGUUGGGAGACCGAGCAGCGGAAGUUCAUAUUGAUAUUGACAUCUCUCGUUACAUUCGGGAUAUUGUAGUGGGUGUACGAACACAUCCUUUGGUUAUUGGUGGACUAACAGCUCGUGCUUCUCAAGAAUUAGUUCUUGUUACAAAGUCUUUGGCUGUGAUAUUUGGAAGAGAUUACCUCACGCCAGAUCUAGUUAGCAUUGCAGCUGAAAAGGUGUUUGGUCAUCGCCUAAGAUUAUCAUCUACUCAUCUCACGUCGGCUGAUAUUGUAGCCGAGAUAUUGAGAGUUGUGUAUGUAUCCGUAUGA